AUGUCUCCUUGUGAACUGGCAGAUGAGAAUGUUGUAGCAGAAACAAGUUUCUUAAAUAACCUUGAUAGACUAACAGUAGAUAUAUUACAUGUGCUUUGUGAGGUGAAAGAGUUGCCUAGUGUGAAAAAUAAGAAAGAGAUGCUGAAAGGUCAAGCUAGCAAACAUGUUAAUUAUAUUGAUAAUAGGUUUAUAAACCAUAAUGAGAAGGAUAGGUUGGGUGAAGAAAGAAGAUAUUUGAUAUUGAAAAAGUUCUUAGAGAAAUCAUUACAAGUGACAUUGGCUAAGGCUUUAGGUAAAAUGAAGCAAAGUUUGUAUGUUAUUGGUAACAAAGUAGAGAAAAAUAAGUUUUGGCCUAAGAUUAAGAUGGAUAGAUCUAGAGAUCAGUAUGAAUCUGAUAAGUGA